AAACUGCGCAGCACCUUCAUAUGUCUUCAAAAUUCUCACUUGUUGAAGAAAAUACACGCUAAUCACAAUGGUGGAGUGGUCACCUGCCGAGCGCAAAGUUAUUGCUGAUGUCUGGGGCAAAAUCAACCCUGACGAAGUCGGACACCAGGCGUUGGUCAGGAUGUUCGUCGUAUAUCCCUGGACUCAGAGGUAUUUCGGCACCUUUGGAAACCUGUCCAACGUAGCUGCAAUCACGGGCAAUCCUAAAGUGGCUGAACAUGGCAAAACUGUGCUAGGUGCGCUGGACAAGGCCGUGAAGCACAUGGACGACAUUAAAGGCAUCUACGCCAAACUAAGUAAACUGCAUUGUGAAAAACUCAACGUUGAUCCUGACAACUUUAAGCUGUUGGCCGAUUGCCUAACCAUUGUUGUUGCGCUCAAAUUCGGAAACGCUUUCACCCCUGAAGUUCAGGCCACCUGGCAGAAAUUCCUGUGUGUCGUUGUGGCCGCUCUCUCCAGUCGUUAUUUCUGAAGAACCGGUGAAGAUUUACAAAGGACCACACUAUUUCUUUGCAUCAGUUCAGUGAUGGUUCAAAGCAUCAAACUUAUUAAUAAAGUAUUAAAUUCAUAUACAUAA